AUGACCCGAGGAUCCUCCACGGAGCGCAACAUAACUUCCAACACAUCUCUAUAUUCUAACCACCUCGUGCCCGUGUUCAAUACUCCUGCGACCUCAGCCUCUCCUUCUCCUGAACCGCAUUUUGCUCAAUCAUCCACCAUGGUUGGCCGCAAGAGUACUAUGAGCCGCAGUCCUCAGGCGGAGAUCCCGCUCCCCAUCACCUAUACUCCCACCACACACCGCAUCAGCAAGGCGAAGAAAGGCAAGCGCGUGCACGCCUGCGAGUUUCCCGGAUGCAACAAGGUCUUCACUCGCGCCGAGCACCGGAGACGUCAUGAAUUGAACCACAACCCCGAAGCCUCCUAUCGCUGCACCCAGACGGGUUGCAAGAAGGCUUUCCACCGACCUGAUCUACUUGCGCGCCACAUGGAGAGACACGAACUCGAGUCACAGCCGGAUCACGCCCAAUGGACGCCCCAAACCUCCCCACCCGUUGUUAACUCUGCUGUUAUCCCGCGCUGCAUGUCGAUGGACGGCGGAAGCAUGUUGGCUGCCGAUGCGCAACAGUCACACUCCAUGUCCAUCGGCUCUCUCGUGGCUCCGGGCGUACAUCCGGAUUUGGCCAACGACUGCUCGUUGAUGUGGAACGGCAUGGAUCUGCCUUUGCAGCCACGCGCAUCUGCGAACCUCUUCCAAAACCACUUGCCUGAGACCGCCGACGACAGCCCUUUCUACUCUUCCCCCGCUGAGACCUGCCCCUCACCCUUGUCGGAUGCCACCUACUCGCUGCCUCCUCACUCCAGCUCCUCCAUCUCCUCUGCUUCCGUUUCCGUUAUUGAUCAAUACCCCAAGAACAUCCUGAAGAACGACAUGACUUCCUCCCCGCUCCAGAUGGCUUCGCCGCUUCGAUGGGAUGUCGACGCGGGAAUGCCGCCAACGCACCUGGUCCCCAUCUCAUUGGAGGACAGCAUGAUCCAGCCGCCCGUGCAGUGCCACUACCCAUCUCCCUCCUGGUCCAGCGCCGACUGCCUACCGUAUGAUGACCAGGUGCACUCGCUGGCCCACUUUCAGCCGCAGCCGAUGACCUGGAAGCAGUGGACGAUGUGA